AAACAACAUUUUCUGGAAUGUCUGGUUCUGUGGUUGUUGUAUGUCAAUUUUGUAUGUGUCAAUAUUGUCAAUGGAAUUUUCUCAUUUCAAAUAUUGUAAGUGAGAAAUGGCGGACGCACCGUUGCCUGCCGGUUGGGAAAGACGGUUAAGCCGAUCAACUGGACAACACUAUUACCUCAAUGUAUAUACUAAAGAAUCCCAGUGGGAUGUGCCAGAGAAGCCUGCUGAACCUGGACCAGAACAAGUCCAGUGUUCUCAUUUGCUUGUAAAACACAAGGAUUCUAGGAGGCCGUCCUCUUGGAGGGAAGCAAAUAUUACUAGAACCAAAGAGGAAGCUUUAGAAUUGGUCAAAAAUUAUAGAGAACAGAUAGUUCAAGGUAAAGCAUCCUUCGCUGAUUUAGCAACUGAAUAUUCUGAUUGUUCUUCUGCUAAAAGAGGAGGGGAUUUGGGCCCAUUCCGAAAAGGAGCUAUGCAGAAACCCUUUGAAGAAGCUUCAUUUUCUUUAAAAGUUGGAGAACUAUCUGAACCUGUAUUCACAGAUUCUGGUGUACAUAUAAUUCUACGAACUGUUUAAGCUUGUAUUGGAUUAUUUCACAAAGUCCAAAUUUUUAUUGAAUAUUGUUACAACUUACCUCUCCACUCAAAAAUUUACAAAUGAAGACAACUUUCAAAUCAUAUUCUAUAAAUGCAAAAUUGAGUUGAAUUGUUUUUUGAUACCGAUUAACAGUUAUUUUAUCGCUUUUUUUAUAUACUUACAUAUUUUCAACGUAAAAGGAAUGAUAUCAUUUGUCAAUUUCUUGAGAAAUUCUUGAUAAUCUGGAAUUUUUCUGUAAAAAUGUAUAAAUUCAUGUAUAGAAGCAUUUUUCUGACAACAUGCUUCCAGCUUAAGUAAGGACUAAUGAUAUGAUUGACUGAUAAAUUUUUUGAAAUAAUUCUUCAUUGAAUACUUAAUAUGUAUAACUGCACUUUAUGACUUUAUACUGAUUUGCACAUGUGGCUGUUUUUCUAAGAUUUCUCCACAUAGUUUACAAAUUUGAUUUUACGUAAUAAUAAAUAGAUUUGAUCUCC